AUGGAAGAAACAAACACAAAGACAGUUGAAGAUGUUGAGACUGUUGAUGUUUAUACAGCAAAAGGUUUGCUUAGUGUUGGUCAUCAUCGAUAUCUCGAUGUUAGGACAAAUGAAGAAUUCGCCAAGGGCCAUGUUGAGGAUGCGUUGAACAUUCCUUAUAUGUUCAAAACAGAUGAAGCAUUUUCCUAA